AUGUUCAGAAACACACUCUGGCGUUUAACGGGCAGCAAUGCUCUUCGAUCCCCAAGAAUCGCCGGAUCUAAUACCCUUGCCCAAUAUUUCUCCAUUUCCAGCAUAAACUCCGCCUCCGGCAGUCUCUUUGGUGAAGUUACCGAAGCCAAACAAGAAGAGCCUCAACAACAAGCACCUGUGGCUGCUACCGAUGUCACUCCUGAAAGCGAUGCAAAAUUGCAGCAGUAUUACACAGAAGAAGGUAAGAAGUCCCAGAUCGCCAGCGACAAGUACGUGAGCCCCUUGAAGAGAAAGCUCUUUGACUUGAACGUGUCUCAGCAUGGAUUCUUCAAAAACAACCACAUUGUCGCUGAUCCAGAAAGUGGCAAAUCUUACAAAGUCAGUUUGACCAAUGACGAGAUCGACAUGUUGGAACCCACCAUUUAUUUGCAGUCGUACCGUCUCAAAUCGUCAAUGAAGAAGGCUACAUUAGUCAACCGGUUUGUGCGCGGCAGCGACGUCAAGAGCGCCAUCAACCAAUUGCAUUUCAACCCAAAGAAAAUGGCCACCGAAGUGGAGAAGUUGUUGAAGCGUGGGUUGGAGCAGGCUCGUGCCGCUGGGUACAAUGAGGAUAAGCUCUACAUCCAGGCGUUGUGGACAGGGUCCGACGGCCAGUGGGUUAAGAGAGCCGAUAUCAAGGGCCGUGGAAGAACGGGAAUUAUCGAACACCCAUACAUCCACGUUAAGGCAAUUUUGAAGACGGACCAGACUAAGCAACGGUUGGCAUGGGAGAAGCAGCAGGCCCGCGCAUUAGCCAAGCCCAGACUGUAUUUGAACAAUGAGCCAUUGAAUUUCAAGGUGCAGCCUUUCUACAAAUGGUAG